UCCGCUCCGGAGGUGUCUCCUCACAGCACACUCAGCCCGUCCUCGGCGCUCAGUCAUCAGCUGUGCGCAUGCGUGCUAGACGCUGCUCUGUCUCGGCUUAGGGAGGGCUGGAGAGCUUGGCCUGGGCCUGAGCCGGGGCUUCCUCGGCCUCACACAGUGCAGAGGGCGACAGGAGAGCGCCAAUCGUCUUCCCUGGUUGUGGCAUGGAGCCCUGAGCUCGGAGCUUGUCUGCUGAGGCCUUGUACUGGGGAGGGAGGAGGAUCGCUGCUGCCAUCAUGGCUCAGGAGAAAAUGGAGCUGGACGUGGAGAUCCCCAGCGAUGGCAGCCUGAGGAGGUCCAAUAGUGCCCCCCAUAUUAACGGGCUCAGUGAUCACUGCCAGGUAUUUCAGCCUUCCGGAUCCAGAGCUCGUAGAAACAGCACUACUGUGGUGAAUCGUCAAAGUGUGGCACCAUCAACCUCUCCCAUCCGAAUCCCAAGCAGCCGUCUGUAUCAGCUGAAAAGGGAGGAAGGCGCCGAUUUGAUGAAUCGUGAAACUGCCCGUGAGCGAGAAGUCCAAGCUGCAAUGCAGAUGAGCCUCUCCUGGGAAGAAAGCUUCAGUCUGAGCGACAAUGAUUUUGACAAGCUGGAUAAAUCCUCUUCUCCAAAACGGAUCGAUUUUGCACCAGUGUCACCUGCUCCCUCUCCCACCAGAGGGAUCGGAAAGCAGUGUUUUUCUCCAUCCCUGCAAAUGUUUGUAAGCAGUAAUGGAUUGCCUCCAAGCCCCAUACCUAGUCCUACAAGACGCUUUACAACGAGGAGCCAGAGCCCCAUCAACUGCAUUCGUCCAAGUGUCCUGGGCCCUAUAAAAAGAAAAGUUGAAAUGGAAAUGGAAACCCAACCAAAGAGGCUGUUUCAAGGAACGACAAACAUGCUGUCCCCAGACAUGACUCACCUGUCAGAUUACAGUUGCCUUUCAUCAGACCUUGACAGCAGUAGCAGCCUUGGCUCCUCUUUGGACUCUGCGGCUAAAGAUGGCUGCGUUACUGAUUCUCCAGCAGCCUGUUCCAAUUCCUGCUCUUCGUUCAUAUCUCUGGAUGAUCUGUCACCAAAGUGAAAGAUGUUGGUGUGACAUUCCAUUUUUCUGCAAAGGCGUCAGAGUUCUAAUUUCCCUUUGACUCUGAAAUCCUGCACAUUCUUUUAUUUUCCUUGUAAUAUAUUUAAUGCCCCUUCCUGUGUGGAGGACUGUUACAGGGCACUGUUGUAAAGUGGCAAAGGGGCUGUAUAGUUUGUGUACAGUAUAGUUUGUACAGUGUUUGUGUACAUUAUGCCUGCUUCUUCCAGGUAUUUAUGCAAUACUCAUGUUUUGAAGUAUAUUUUUCCUAUUUAUUUAUAUAUGUAAAUCAAGAACUGAGAAUGUACUUUCAUUUGCUGUUCUUGGGUAUCUUUGAGGAAAAUUGGAAAGUCUUUUGCCAUCACCAUCAGUUUAUUGUUGUGCACAGCGUUAAUUUUUUUUAUUUUUUUAUAAGUGAAUAUGCUGUGGAAGGACAGUAAUGGAAAAGAGUACAUGAGCAUUUCCUAUUAUGUGUUUUCUUAUACAGUGAAGGGAAAAUGAAGGGUAGGUAGAAAUGUUUAAUAGGCAAUAUUUCAUAUCUUUGUACAUUGAUAGGCUUGCUAUCCCCACAUUUAUGAAAUGCUGAUCACUGUGUAGUGGGGGCUGAUGAUGGAAAGAUAUUCUCUCCUCUCUUCCUCUCCUCCAUUCUGGUGUUUUUGCUCCUUUUUUUAGCACAAAACCAUCAUAUCAAAUAUCAUAUUUGCUUGCUUGCUAUUUAUGAUAAUGUUCCUUUAUAACUCUUUGUCUUCAGCCAAGACCAAAUAUACAAUUUGAGGCCAAUAGGAUGUUAUGAAUAAGAUUGUGCUAGUUGUCAUGUGAGGCAUUUAACCAGUAUUAUUUUGCUAAUUUAAAAUAAUUAGAUGGCUAUUUAAAAUAUUAAAAGGCAUUGUAUAUUUUUAAUUUAUAAAGUGUUACCCCAGGCAAACAGCUAAAGAGGUAAAUUAUGUUUCCUAAGCUUUACCUGUCAAAUAAUUUUUUAAUUCUGUUCAGCUGGACUUAUGAUUAAAUACUGCCUAGCCAGGAAGAUAAUUUCAUAGUUACCUUUGCUGUGUAGUAAUAAUGGUGUUCUUCAAAUAAGUUAAAAAUGGUUAUUUCAGUUGCAGUAGAGAAUAUUGCGGCUGCUGCUGUCUGCCUCACCGAGAAUCUUUGCACAAGGUAUGAAAGACACCAGCGCUGGUGUUGUCUCCAUCCCCAUCUACACUUACCUUUCACAAAAGUCAGUGUCAUCACAGAAUGCUUUUUGUGAAUAAUCAAGUGUAAAUAACGACAGAGACAUGACACCAGAGCUGCUGUCUAUCAGACACAGAGUAUUGACAGGAGGGGCAGGGCAAAAGCUAUACUGUCCAAUGAACUGUUUUAAGAUUGCCGCCACUACAUACAUACACUGCAGUAAAUGCACACCCAGCCCCCUUAAAGUACUUCUAGAGGCUCACAGUUUAUUUUUUUUAAAUUACAAACAUGUCAAGGUUAAAAAAAAAAAAAUCUGACUUUUAGAACCACUUUAAGCUAUGAUUUUUUUUUUCCCCCCUGGAGUUCAGUUUUAACAGUUUUUUGUGUCACCCCUCCACUCACUGUAAAAAUAAUCAGCAGUAUGAUUAUAGUAAUUGUCAGUGUGUAGACUGAAGUUACAGAGGAAACAAUGGAUGUGGUAAAGCGCAACCAGGAAAUAUUAGGGUCACUUGGCUGGCUGUGUAACUCACUAGACUAGGUAAAAAGAAAUGAUCAUCUAAAGGAUUAUAUAAACAUUAACACGCAUUAUAUUAACAUUAACACGCUGUGUUUUAGUGGUUUUCCCGGAGUUGCACUUCGAUUUGUCAGCCUACCACUUGGGCAAUUGGAUUCUUGUGUUUUAUAAGGCUUAGAACGCUUUAAAUAUACUUUUUGCUGAAAAGAAAGUAAAACUUUUUGUUUAAAUGGGCUUCUUAGGAAAAGUAUUGCAUACUAUGUGGUUAUGCUGCAAGAUGCUUGUUGCACAGCCACCACCUUUUGCCCAUAUUUUUUCAUAGUCUUUUUGGACUUAACACACAGUACACUAAUUGUCACACAGUACACCAAUUGCUUGCCGCUACAAGAACGCAUUGCACCAGACAUUCCUUCUAGGUUUGACUUUGCAACCUUAUAUGUGUUUGACCAUUUACAUACAGAGGAUGUGAGAAACGGGGAAGUGUACCCUCCUGUGUAGUCCUUGUAAUGAAUAUUUCAUGGCACCUGUAUACAGGCAUCAGAUUUAUUAUAAGUAAGGUGUCUGUGUUGCUUCAGUUUUUUCUUUUGUGGUUGCUCAAGAUGUUGCUUUGUUCUCUUUGCAUUCACAUAGACGGGUAUGGAGAUAAAUGGCAGACCAGUGGCGGUAUAUUUUUUAUGUGAGGGGGGGCGGCAAACAAUCCACCCGCCACCACCACCCUGCACCCUGUAUGGACGUGCUGCCACUGAAUCAGACAUGUUUUUUCAUAAUAGAAACUUACAUGUAACUAAACUUAACCCUUUGACCACAGCAAAGGAACAACGUUAUCACAUUCCAUCUUUUUGGUAACUGUAUAUAGAAAAACUUUGGUGAAAUCUGGGUAUUUUCUUUUUAAGCAUCGUUUGUAGUCAUAUUUCAAUGUGAACAUGCACCAUUUUCAAAAGUAAUAUCCUGCACAUAGCAGUGUUGUUUGAACCAGCAGAAUCUGGAUUUCAACCAGACCUAAUAGAGGAACCACCGAUGACACUAAGAGCCAAGAUUCACAGUGUGGUAAAGCUCCAAUCAGAAUCCAGCCUAAAGCAGCUUGGAAUAUACAAUCAAAGCUAUUUUAUAUUAUGCUGUCUGGUCCCUGUUAUUAAGAAAACAAAAUGCUGCACCAGAUUGGUUUAAAUGUUGCUUAGGCGCAAGUACUCCUAUUUCCCACCACAAGUUCAUUGUUCGGGUAUGCUGAACUAGAUUCCGUUUUAUGCACUCGUUUUGUCACUGUUUUCUAGUUGUUUCAAUUCAUCAUCUACUCGUGACACUGAAUGGCUUGCUGGAGCAUAUAAGAGUAACAGGUUUUUUUGGACCCGGACAACGGUCAGCAGCCAGGCAUUUUAUUUCUAAAUAGAUUUGCAGAUCUGUCUUUGAACUUCUCAGAGGGGAAUUUGGUUACAUGUGCUUUAUAUUCCUGUUAUUCCAUAUGGAUUGUAUUGGCAUUUCCUACAAGUAUUUACUCAGAUUUGGCUAUAAUAUGCUGAUUUUUUUGUAUUGCUUGAAUGUGCAAGUUUUAUAUUCAUGCCUUUGUAGAAUUAUUUUUAAUAUUUGCAUGGCUAUCAUUUUUAUAUGUAUAUAGCUGCACAUAGUUGGAUUCUAUUUUGGUUAUCUAAAAUGAAAGCUUGCCAAAUUGUGUAAUAUAUUGUUUUGUAUGGCAUUGCAAAUAUACAUAUUUGUGAUAUUGCCUUUCAAAUAUGAAAGUUGUACCUGAAUUAUAUGAUGGAAUGAAAAUGUCCAAUUACAACCUCCUCACAGUACUUUAUUUGUGACAGGUGAUGAGGACUGUAAGUAACUCAUUUUGACUUUUUACUAAUCUUCUACCAGUCUUCCCUUGUUAGUUUUGUCAAGUGUACAGGCUGCAUAACAAGACUUGACAAUAAAGCCCGUAUACACGGGCAGAAUGUCUGGCGACAUCAGCCGUUCAAUAAAAAACGGCCAACAUUCGACCCGUGUGUGUGGCAGCCAGUCCGUUUGGCCAGCUCCUGUCGGAGGAGCAUGCUGGAAAACCAGCAGCUGAUUGGCUCUCGAUCAGCGUUCUCAGCCAAUAGCCGCCCCCCUGUCAGAACACAACAGCCUUGCAGGGGAGAUCGCUGUACCAACGUGGAUCAUUAGUACAGUGGCUCCAACCUGACUGACUGUCAGCGGUAUGUAAUGUUAUCUGCAUUGGUCAACUGCACAGUAGAGGCACUUAGACCAAGGUCAAUAAAAGUGUCAUACAAAUCAAUAUGAGUUCUAGGGAACCUGUGCUGAGAGAAGUACCCGAGGCUUUACAGCUGAUCUCCUGAAACUGUCAGUCUGACAGUACCGCCCUGGCUAUCACAUGCAGCUUAGGAAUGACAUCAGAAAUCCUGAUCUGCAUACUUCUUGGAAGUGACUCAAAGUAUUAAAUACAUCAGCAUGGCAAUGCAAGCAACCAGCAGUUUCUAAAGAAGUGGUCAGCAAUCGCUCAGCUGUCAUAUAUACUUUGAUACCGGUUUCCUAUAAGGAUGUUUUGGCCACAAAAAGCAUUUUCAAAAAUGAGGUCCUUUGAUGGCAGUGAAGAUCAUCUGAUAGCUGCAUUAGGAGAAUAUUCAGUCAUUCCAUGGCAAAAGACAUUCUCAGCCCUAAGCUAGUUCUGUGAAAGUUGCAGUGAACCAUUAGGUUUGUCUUCAUGGCUGUGUACCUAGUAUGCAGUCUGGUAGUCAGAGAAUGGCCAGUGGGAAGACUGGGGCUGCUUCUCAAUCAGGCAUGAGUUUAAAAGAGAUGCAUUUAAAUUGGCUGUGAUAAACACUUUAUUGCAUGUAUCCUGUAUCUACCCUGCGGUGCCUUAAUCGUUAUUGAUUUUUUUUUUAAUUAUAUCUGGUAGGCUGAGAGGUCUCCAGGUACACAAACCAUUCUGUGCCAUGGUUGUGUUCAGUUGCUGCUUUAUAAACACACCAUAUGUCUAUUACUUUAGCUUUUGCUAGUGGUGCCAAAUUCAUAUGCGAGUUUUAGGUAUUUGGAGUUUCCUGUUCUGAAAAGUGCAGCGGGUGGCUUUUAAAAUGAAUUGUGCAAAUAUUUUUGUAUGUAUGGGUUUCUCCUCUGUAAAUAACUACUUGAUCAGUUUGUCAGAUGUUGAGUAUGUUUGUUUCCUCUGGUCUGGUCUGUUGUCAUCCCCUAAUGUCAAUGGCCUCUAUAUUGUAAAGUAUCUGUUGGUAGUGUUCUAUAUCAUUUGUAUUGUACAGUGUUGAAAUGUACAGCUUUGUUAAGGCAGUGUUGCUGCUUCCACAAUAAAUUCUGCAUAUUUAAGCCA